GUUGUCGAAAAAGUUUGAUCAAACCGCAUAAUAUUUAGUACAUUCUAUUAUUCUUGUCGAGUAAAGUCUACAGUUCGGUGUGGUAUUGUCAGAUAUUGAAAUUUAGAGCUAUUGAAAUUGAUUUUAAAAAUGUCGACUUCAGCAUUCAUUUUGAUAUUUUUAUUUGUGCUUUGCUCAAGAGCAAUAUCAGAAAUACAAGUCAAAGAAUUUUUGCACGGAAUCUCGAGAUUUUCGGGUGAUAUUUUUCAACGAUGCAGUGAAUCUAAAGCUGGUGAAGGAAAUAUGGUAAUUUCACCAUUCUCGAUAUCAAUGGGAUUGACACUUCUUUCGCAAGGAACUAAUGGAACAACUUUCGAUGAAUUGCGGAAAACAUUGUACUUGAAUAACAACAAAUCAAUUGUAGCAGAUCAAUUUUACGAAUUUGAUAAAUUAAUUCGCAAAAGUGCCGGUGAAGCAGAAUUAUUGAUAUCAAACCAAAUUUAUGUUACGAAAGGUUAUCCACUGAAGAAAGAGUUUGAAGAAGUGGCUGUCGAAAAAUUUUCAUCUGGUAUCGAGUCAGUGGAUUUUGGAUCAAAUGAUACUAUGCAAUAUAUCAAUCACUUUGUUGAACAAAAAACAAAACAAAAAAUCAAAAACUUCCUGAAACCAGGAAUGAUCGAUGAGGGAACUCGUAUAUUUCUGUUGAAUGCCAUUUAUUUAAAAAGUAAAUGGCAAUAUGCAUUUAAAAGAAAAUAUACGUAUAAAAUCCGAUUUUAUUUGAAUGAAACGGAAUCAGUUGUCGUCGAUUCAUUAUUUAUGGAAAAAGCGCCAUUUAAUUUUGGAGAUUUGGAAGAUUUAGACGCUCGUGUACUGGAAUUAACAUAUGCCAAUUCAAAUUUUACGUUCUUGAUCAUUUUGCCUGCAAAACGAACUGGAUUGGAUGACUUAGAGAAUCGAUUGAAAGAUUACAAUUUAACCAAGCUAUUCGAUAAAAUGACUAUCAACAAUGCUACUAUACACAUUCCAAAAUUCACAGUCGAAACCGAAAUUCAUUUGAAUAGUAUUUUAAAAAAUUUGGGAGUGAUCAAGAUGUUUGGAAGUGCGGCUGAUUUGAGUAGCUUCUUUGAUGCAGAAGAACCACUUUACGUCUCGGAUGUCAUUCAAAAGGCUUUCAUCGAGAUAAAUGAGGAACAUACAGAGGCUGCUAUAGCUUCAGGAGCUUCUGCACGAGCCAAGAGUGGAGAGUACGGAUUCUAUGCUGACCAUCCCUUUGUGUAUUACGUAUGGGACAAAGAGAAUCAAAUCCCAAUUUUGAGUGGACACAUAAAGAAUUUCGAAUGAAUUAUCAAUGAACUUUAGGUAAAUUCAUAGAAUUUUUCGCGAAUCGUGAUCAUAACCAUGGUCAUUUGAUAUAGCCAAUUUCGAGUAUGAAAAAAAGAUAUGAAAAAUUUGUCGUUUAUAACACACAUAAAAUGAGUUGCAUUGUUGGAAUUAAACAACA